UUCUAGUGUAAAUGCGGUGGAGAAAGUUGAGUAUGGAGAAGCUGAAGUUCAUCCUAACACUAAUGCUAAUCAUAUCCUUAUCAUCGGAAGCCCACAUUGUCUCCGAGACAAAGAAGAUGACGCGCCUCCAUUUCUACCUCCACGACGUCAUCGGCGGCGACAGACCCACCGUCUGGGGCGUGGCACAAUGCAACCUAACCGACGUUCUGCCGUCGUCGUUCGGGAGGGUGAUGGUGCUGGACAACCUCGUCACGUCCGGGCCAGACCCAGACUCGGAGGAGGUGGGGCGGAUGCAGGGGACAGUGGGCCAGGCCGACCUCCACGAGAAGGCUCUCGUCAUGCUCCUCAACCUCGUGUUCACCAAGGGCGAGUUCGAGGGCAGCACGCUCAGCAUUCUCGGCCGGAAUCCGUUGGCUGCUGAGUCGAGGGAGGUUCCAAUCGUGGCCGGCACCGGCGCCUUUAGGAUGGCCACCGGCUAUAUUAUCUCAAGCACUUAUUAUAAUGACCCCGCUCGUGUUCGUAAUGUGUACGAGUACAAUGCGGUCGUGUAUCAUAUGGAUCCCAACGUCGUGUCGUUGCGCCGCUGAAAGAAAUUAUUGAUCUAAUAUUUACUCUAUCCUCAAAAUAGUUAUCUGUUUGGAUUAGGCAUGAGUUUUCAUAAAUUUUUUAUCUGUUUGAAUUA